AUGGUGGAAAAUGCACAAGACACACACACUUUACAGCGUUGUGUAAAUUAUGCAAUUUUUUUUAAUAUUGCCAAUAUUAUCCCUCCAGCAUCUCAUGUCUUCAAUAAUGUUUCCUGGCGGCCGCCUGUACCACUUCUUAAUAAACCCUACUACCAAGGAACAUAUCCAGGGCAAAUGCCAGCUGGGAGUCACACCCAAUUUGUACCACUACAGGUAACCAAACAAAGAGUAGCAGUUACUAAAAGCCCUGAUGCCCGAGAGCCUUCAUGUUCUUCACAAGGUCAUUCAAGUACCGAUCAGAGACUGAUCCCUGAUGUGGCUAGUCACCUUCCCUCACACCGGUCUCAUGUUCCUGUGAUGUCUCCACAAACCCCUCCAACCAAUGACAAGUCUGCUCCACCUGGCUCUGCAACUCCUCAAGCUAAGCCCACCCCAGGAUCGGGCAGCAGGCGAAAACCUCGGAAAUUAGCCGUGAACUUUAGCGUUCCCAAAGCUUCAGAAUAAGGCAGACUGUUAUCAAGUCUAUUUCCAUCAUCUGUAAUAUCGCCUUAACAUUGCUGUAUACACAGUGUGAGCUGCUGUCUAUUGUUUUAAAUCAUGAGCUUAUUUUUAUUUUAUUUUUUACAGAAUAAUACACUAGUACACUUUA